AUGCCGACGUGGGUCGUCGUCAUGCUGGCGGUGAUCGCCGGCAUUCUCGCCGUCCUGAUGAUUCUCACCUUAUUCUUCUGCAUUCGGUCAAAGGAUAAAAAGCAGCCGCCGUCACCAGCCGAGCCAAACCGAAGACUACCGACGAGAGCUGAAAGCACUAUUGGAAUAAGACCCAAGAUUCCAAAUCCAAUUUACACAAUCAACACGGCUAGUCAAGAAACGCGUGGUACCAGUAUUGCUGAUACAUUGACCACUAGAAAACUUUCACAAAUGUUUGACUCCAAGAAACGAUUCUCAACUGCUUUCUCUCACAAGUCCGCCUAUUUUGAUUUUGAAAACUCUCCGCUCCCACGUCACAAGGAAUACCUCGACUUUAACGAUAUCGAGAACAUGGUUCCAAUUAAGAAACAGGUGACAACUCCGGACCGUCCAAGCAUUGACUUUCUUAACGAAAUUCAUGAAUCCCAUGCUAAAACAAAAGAAAACAAAACGAACGACGACUCAAAGACACCAAAGUCAAACGAUAAACGAGCAACGGUCAAACAAGUAUUCGCAGAAGAAGAUCACCCUUCCUUCACCCAGAACACCAGACCGAUCUAUGCAAACUAA